AUUAAUUACUGCGAGUAGAUCCCGCUCCCCUGGGAUACUCUCGAUGCUUUGUCGACAGUGCUCCCUGUUCGUACUCAUGAUUCCCUGAUUGCACUCGACAUCCCUCUUUCUUUCCCAUUCAAUGGCUUCCACUCUCCCUCGGGACCCUGUGCAUAGCAAUCACUAUGUGGACUACGUGAUUCGCUACAACUUUGGUGGUGAGACUGACGCCGCCCAUGCGACCGAGCAACUCGAUCGACUGCUGCGGAAACUCUUCGAGGUUGGACUGCAGACCGAAGUGAGGCAAGGGGAUGAAUCGUCGCUGUUGAUAUUCGUCCGAGCGUCACGGAAGAAGAGCCUGAAGCGUGCCAUCUAUCAAUCACGCAUUCGCGAUUGGCUCUAUGGCGUCCGCAAUACCGAACCCGAAUCGGAAUCCUCGGCGGAGGCCCAGUCGGAAUCGGAGCGUUUGCGCGUUAUCUACCAUAUGAUCACCGUCCCCAAAGAAGCAGGUGGCGCUGGUAUCACCCCGAAACAUGGCGAAUGGAAAUGUGUCGAUGCGAUCUUCCCGCUGCAUGAUGAGGCCAUGAACAAACAGUGCAUGAAGGACUGGAGCCAGAAGACGUUUUUGUCGGCUGAUGAUUUGGAUCAGAUACGCAAUACGUUCGGAGAGAAUGUCGGCUUUUACUUCGCAUUCCUACAGUCAUACUUUAGGUUCCUUAUGUUCCCUGCCGUAUUCGGUUUCUCUUGCUGGCUGCUCCUCGGAUCCUUCUCUAUCAUAUAUGCGGUCGUGAAUAGCUUGUGGUGUAUCAUUUUCAUUGAGUACUGGAAGCGCCAGGAGGAGGAUCUGAGCUGUCGUUGGCAAACAAAGGGGGUCUCGGUUGUGCGACCCAAGAGACGCGAGUUCAAGCCCGAAAGGGAAGUUCAGGAUGAAAGCACUGGUGAGGUCAGGGGGGUAUUCCCCGCGACCAGGCGGAUGUAUAGACAACUGCUGAUUGUCCCGUUCGCCUUGCUUUCCGCCGUUGCAUUGGGUGUCAUUAUCGCCACGUGCUUUGCCAUUGAGAUCUUCAUCUCGGAGGUAUACAAUGGUCCACUGAAGACCUACUUGGUCUUCAUUCCCACCAUUCUGCUCUCGGCUCUCAUCCCAACGAUGAGCUCGGUCCUGGUGUCGAUCGCUACGAAGCUCAAUGACUACGAGAACUACGAGACGCAGCCUGCAUACGAUGUGGCUCUGACGCAGAAGGUGUUCAUUAUCAACUUUAUCACCUCGUAUCUGCCAAUCAUUCUCACAGCCUUUGUCUACGUACCUUUCGCGAGCCGGAUCGUGCCGUACCUUGAUGUCUUCCAUCUGACUGUUCGGCCCUUCGUGUCGAAGGAAGACGCAAGCUCACGGAGGACAGAAUUUAGCAUUGACCCGGACCGUCUGCGCAAGCAGGUGAUCUACUUCACCGUCACAGCCCAAGCUGUCAACUUUGCCAUGGAGACCAUUGUGCCUAUGCUGAAGCAGCGCCUUUCCCGCGAAUACAAGCAAUACAACCGCAGAAAGCAAGGAAAGAUCGAGACUGAGGAUGGCUCCGAGGCCAAGAAAGAGGCAUUGUUCGACGAUCACCCCGAUGAGACCAAGUUCCUGACCCGGGUACGCAACGAAGCCGACUUGGAGGACUACGACGUGACUGAAGACCUGCGAGAGAUGUGCAUCCAAUUCGGAUAUCUGGCCUUGUUCUCUCCUGUCUGGCCUCUCGUCCCUGUCUCCUUCCUGGUCAACAACUGGGUGGAGCUUCGGUCCGAUUUCUUCAAGAUCUGCAUGGAGUGCAAGAGACCCUGGCCGCAGCGCGCCGAUACCAUUGGACCCUGGCUGGAAAGCCUCGGCUUCCUGUCGUGGGUCGGCAGCAUCACCAGCUCCGCCCUUCUCUACAUGUUCAGCAACGGCUAUGAAGGCCCGAACGGCGAGCCGACCGGUAUCCGCGGAUGGGCACUGCUGCUGACGAUCUUCUUCUCCGAGCACAUCUACCUCAUGGUGCGGUAUGCCAUCCGCGCAGCCAUGGCCAAGCUGGAGCCCCCGAAUGCCAAGAAGGAGCGUACAGAGCGGUACCUUAUGCGCAAGCGGUACUUGGAGUCGACGAUCGCGGCGCGCAGCAGUGAUGACGAAGGGGAUGAGCAUGGGCCGGAUCAAUCCAUGGAAGUGCCUGAUAUUACGCGGAAGUCAUUGGAAGAGGAUGCUCGUGAGUGGUCGACUCACGACAUUGACCCGGCGGAACGGUUCUGGAUGCGACAGAAGGGUUGGAAGGAGUCGGCGCAUGUUGGGGCCACUAUCAUCAAGACGCUGGCGACUGAGCCCACGGUGAAGAAGGAGCAAUGAAGGGAGAUGGAAUGACGAGAGAGGAGAGGAGAUUAUGUCAUAAUGGAUUGGGGUCACGAACGUAGUAUAUACAUGGGUUAUGAGUGGGAGCUGGAACUUUUCUAGUGUCUAUAUGUGUCAUGAAGUUUGAUCGAUGUACUUAAUCAGUAUUCUAGUUGCUGGUAUGUUGUGGUUUGAUGUGUACUUACUAGUAACAGACUGUCGCAAUGUCAGUUCCAA